AUGAAGAGGAGGCUGAGCCGGGGAUUCGGAGACAGCGCGUGUGCAGGCGAGCAGGCAAAGAGGCAGCGGCCACAGACGGCGGACAAGACGGCGAUGGAGCUGAAGAUUGAGCUGACAGAGCGGGAGAAGCGGCUGGAGCGUCUGCUGCUGGACGUGGCAGCGUUUGUGGACGGGGGUGCAGACCGACAGGGGACGCAGCCGCUGGUGCUGCGAUGGGCGGGCGGCUGGGUGCGCGACCGGCUGCUGGGGCGCGAGAGCCACGACAUCGACACGGCAAUCGACACGAUGACGGGCUUUGCGUUUGCGCUCAAGAUGCAGGAGUUUUGCGGGAUGGCAGCGAACGCGGCGCGCCACGGCAUGGAGCCACGCGACCUGGGCAGCCUGCACAAGGUGGAGGCGAACCCGGACAAGAGCAAGCACCUGGAGACGGCGACGGUGCGAAUCUUUGAUAUGGAGGUAGACUUUGUCAACCUGCGACGCGAGACCUAUACGGCUGAGAGCCGCAAUCCUCUGGUCGAGUUCGGCACGCCCGAGGAGGACGCGCUGCGCCGCGAUGCCACCGUCAACGCGCUCUUCUACAACCUCAACUGCGGCACGGUCGAGGACUUCACCGGUGGCGUCGCCGACAUGGAGGCCCGCCUGAUCCGGACUCCGCUGCAGCCGCUGCAGACAUUCACCGACGACCCGCUGCGCGUCCUGCGGCUGGUCCGGUUUGCUAGCCGUCUGCAGUUCCGCAUCGACCCGGCUGCCGAGGCCGUCAUGGCCGACCCGAGCGUGCUGCAGGCGCUGCAGCAGAAGAUCAGCCGAGAGCGAGUGGGAACGGAGGUGGAAAAGAUGUUAAAGGGAAAUCACCCCCGCGAUUCACUCCAACUGAUCGACCGACUCGGCCUCUACCACGCCAUCUUCACGGAUCCAGCACAUGCAGACGCCCCCAAGCCGCGGCUGGACGGAUGGACGGCCACGUACGAGACGCUCAAUCACCUGGCCGCGACCACGACACCCGGAUCGGUCUACGACGUGCUCGUGCGCACGGAGGAGGCGCAGUACUUUGCCUGGGUCCUCGCGGCUGCCGUGCCGUGGGACCAGGUGUCGGAGCAGGGUGGCAUACGGGCGCCGAACAAGCUGAGCGACGUGAUCACGGGAGCACAUCGUCACCGCGCCGACAUUCUAGCGCUCAAGCAGGCCGUCUGCGAUGGGGCGCCAUGCAUGCGCGAGCGCGAUCGCUUUGGCAUGGCCAUCCGGACGUGGGAGGCGCGUGGCAGCAACUGGAAGCUGCAGGUGCUGUACGCGCUGCUGUUCGAGGUCCUGACGCUGGCCACGAAGCAGGCAGAGGGAGCCGGCACGGCGGCCGCGUGGACGGCCGAGCGCGACGCCCUGCUGUGCGGCUGGCAGGCCUUUCUCGACCACCUGCAGGAGCUCGACGUGCUGGACGCGCCGCACAUCAAGCGGCUGCUCGACGGAAAGCAGGUGGCGGCCGCGCUGGCCGUCCGGCCGGGCAAAUGGAUGGCGGCUGCCAUGGACAUCUGCAUGGCCUGGCAGCUGCGCCAUCCCGGCGAGACCGAUCCGGCUGGGGCGAUUGAAGAGGUGCGCCGACGCAAGGACGAGAUUGGGUUGAGCUGA